AUGGUGGGAUCAGUAUCGAUUUUCCUGUCGGACUUUGGCAGGGAGCGCCUGCGGCAGGAGCAGCGACAGGCGCCGCUGGAGCUCAGGGCCCUGCCGGACGAUUCAGACGACGACACCGAGGAGGAAAAACUUUACCGUGAGCGGAUGCGUCAGUACCAGUUCCGUCGUCUGAAGUAUUACUACGCCGUGGUGGAGUGCGACCGCCCCGAGACCGCCGCCCACAUCUACGCCGAGUGCGACGGAUACGAGUACGAGAGCAGCGGCGCCGUCCUCGACCUCAGGUUUGUUCCUGAUGAUGUGUCGUUCGAGGAGGAGCCCACAGACGUUUCCACCGACGUGAACCUGACGUCCUACAAACCCAAAACCUUCAACUCCAGCUCCAACAACACCUCCAAGGUCCAGGUCACGUGGGAUGAGACGGAUCACGAUCGCGUCUCGGCUCUGAACAGGAAGUUCAACAAAGACGAGCUCCUCAGUCUGGACUUUAAGGCCUAUCUGGCCUCCUCCAGCGAAGAAGAAGAAGAAGAAGAGGAAGAGGAGGAGGAGGAGGGCCACGGCAGGAAGAGGAGGGGCCACGGCAGGAAGAGGAGGAGAGACAAGAUGGCGGCGGCGAAGUCAGCUCCAGAGAAAAAGUGGAAGAGUCGCAGCGAGGAGCAGAUCCACAAGUACAGAGAACUUCUGCAGGGCAUCCGGGCUAAAGAAGAACAACAACGAGACCAACACGGAGACAUGGAGGUCACAUGGGUCCCAGGUCUGAAGCAGAAGUUGCAGAAGCGUCUGGAGGCGUCGGAGACUCUCGGUCCGUGGGACAAAUAUCUGCAGAAGAAGAAGGAGAAGAGGAAGGAGAAGAGGAAAGAGAAGAAGAACCAGGACUCGGAGGUCGGACUCAGUGACGAUGAACUUCCCCCAGACGUGGAUCUGAGCGACGCCUUCUUCAGAGAAGAACUGUCUGCAGACGUGAAGAAAAUCCAGAAGAAGAAAAAGGAGAAGAGGAAAAGAACGAGUGAUGAAGAGGAGGAGAAGGACACAGAGGAGGAGAAGAGACAGAGAGCUCAGAUGGAGCUUCUUCUGGUCGAGGAUCCGGACGAGGAGCGACACAAACACUUCGACUUCGACCGAAUCGUGGAGCAACAAAACCUGAGCAAGACCCAAAGAAAAAGACUGAAGAAGUCCGGACUCCAGCCCCAGGAGGACCACUUCCAGGUCGACCUGUCGGACUCUCGGUUCCAGUCGAUCUUCUCGUCUCCUCUGUUCCACCUCGAUCCAUCGAACCCGAACUUCAAACGAACCAAAGGAACCGAGCUCCUCCUGCAGGAAACACAGCGCCGCCGCCAGGAGACCAGAGGAGCACAGACUCUUGGUUCAGACUCGACAGCACCUGCCGCUGUCUCCACGGCGACCGCGUCCUCCGUCUCCACGGCGACCGCGUCCUCCGUCUCCACGGCGACAGAGAAGAGUGGCCUGGACCCCGGACUGUCGCAGCUCGUCAAGUCCAUCAAGUCCAAGACCCAACAGCACCAGGCCCGAAAGAAGAACCGACCACAGUGACAGAGGCGAGUGUGACCCGUGUGACCCCAGGGCCUCUGGGUCACAUCAGGAGCAGCUGAGAUCUCGAGCAUUUGACCCGUUUUGCUCGUUUUGGGUUUGAAAAAAAAAACAGUUUCACAGAGACAUUUUUAAUGCUGCACCGUGUAACUUUUCUGAUUCAGUCCUGGUCUGGUCCCUGGUUUAUAACUGAACAAAUCUGCCUGAGGAGGAACAUCGUUACGACACGACACGACACGAGUCACGACACGAGUCACGACUCGAGUCUGUUUAGCAGAAGAUCUUCGUCUUUAAAAAGUCAAGUCCAGGUUCUUUUAAAAACUCCGGCGGCGUUUUGUGUAAAACGUUUGUGAUUCUAAACGUGUGAAAUUAUAACUUAAUAAAUAAAAUAAUAAAAAACUU